AGUGGUCUUUGCUCUGUUUGGAGUGAAGGGAUGUGGACACAUGCACACAAGGUCCAGGAACACUGGCCUCAUCAGCAUUCAGCUUUGUGCUUCCAGGUAAUACGUAUCUGAAGCCAUGUAAUGUUUAACAGAGGAAAACAGCAGUACUAGUAAAGCAGCAAGAAACAGCACAGCCCAUUGAGAGCACGAGUCCUCUGAAUGUAAAUAUCUGUGAAGAAUGAUGAAGGCCAUGCUCCCCCUGUGCUUGCUGGUGGCCAUGCUUUACCUCAGUGCCCACAGUCUGACCCAGACUGAUCACCACACUGACCAGCCUGAGGCAACUGACCCCCAGGAGCUGUAUUCUCUUGAUGCAGAUCCUCUUGAGUCCUGCCACAGGAUAAUCCCAAGCAAUACAGACUUUGCCUUUCGGUUUUACAGGCAAGCAACCACUCAAGAGCCUGACAAGAACAUUUUCUUUUCCCCAGUCAGCAUCUCUGCUGCCCUUGCCCUUGUGGCCCUGGGCUCCCAAGGCAGCAGCCAGGCUCAGCUGCUGGAGGGACUGGCCUUUAACCUCACCAGCAUCCAGAAGGAGGAGAUCCACCACGGCUUUGGUCAGCUCCUCCGCCUGCUGAGCCGCCCCGGCAGCCAGGUGCAGCUGAGCAUGGGCAGCACCCUGUUCAUGGACAAACGCCUGAAGCCAAUGAAAACCUUUCUGAGGGACAUCAAAAAACUGUACAGAGGAAAAGCUGUCUCCAGCAGCUUCCAGAAUUCCACUCAAGCUAAAAAAGAGAUCAAUGAUUAUGUAAAGAAUAAAACCCGUGGGAAUAUAAACCAAAUACUUGAGGACCUUGAUCCAAACACUCUGAUGGUAAUUGUUAACUACAUUUAUUUCAAAGCUUACUGGGAAAAUCCCUUCAAUAUUAAGGGGACUCACAAGGACUUUUUCCAUGUGAAUGUAAAGACCUCAGUUGAAGUGGAGAUGAUGACUCGAGAUGGAUUUUAUAAAGCAUACUCUGACAGGAAGCUGUCCUGCAAGGUGGUGCAGAUUCCUUACAAGGGAGAUGUUACAGCAUUCUUUAUCCUGCCCAAUAAAGGAAAAUUGAAACAGUUGGAACAUGCCCUGACAAAAAACACUGUUUCUAAAUGGGAAAGAUCUCUUCAAAGAUGGAGGAUGGAACUGCAUAUUCCAAAACUUUCCAUUUCAGGCACUUAUGACUUAAAGAGGAUGUUAAUGAAUCUGGGUGUAACUGAAGUGUUUUCAAAUCGGGCUGAUCUGUCUGGAAUCACAGGAAACCCAGAAGUGAAGGUUUCAAAAGCUACUCAUAAGGCCCUGCUGAAGAUCCAUGAGAAUGGCACAGAGGCUGCAGCAGUCAGCAGCAUAGAUUUUCUUCCUCAUUCUGCUCCUCCCAUUGUCAAAUUCAAUCAUCCAUUCUUGCUGUUGAUUGUUGAUCACUAUACUCAGAGCAUCCUCUUCAUGGGAAAAAUUGUAAACCCAACUGAAAAAUGACUGGUCACUGGCUGGUCUUAUUCUUUUGAAUUGCAUUUUAUGGAAUUAUUGCCCAAUGUGAUUAAAAUUAUAUCCCAACAGUUAUUAACAAAUUUCUUUUUCCAAAGAAAUCAGGAAAGAGUGCAGUCAUUCUUAUAAACAUUCUUUUUUGCUUCGUUAUUCCACAGAAAAUAACUAGUGAGAUAUACCUAUUAGUGAAUUGUAAAGAAUUUGAUAAAUCAGCAUUUUAGUGAUCAGUGCCAUCUUUGAAAGGCAAGGUAAUAUCCAGCUGACAGUAUUAGUUGGAACAGUGAAAGUAAAUAAAUUUUGAGUGGAUAAAUCCAAAUGAAAUCUCUGCAAACUACAGACUGGCUUCUGACAUUGUAGGGUUUCCAGUGGAAGGAAGGCAUAGCUGCAAAUUACACACUGGGAGAGUCAGUCACUUUAGACCAGGCCUAGGCACUUCCUUUGAAGGUCAAGUCUUACUCUGUACUCUCCUUUAGGACAUUCACAGCUGAUGGCAUCCACCCCCAUUGUGUUGGCUUCCUUGGGCUGCCCACUACUGUAACAAACUCUACACAAAUAUUCUAUAUGAAAGCAGUGCUGGGAAAUGUUUUAGUUGGCUAGAUAUCCAAAAGCUUCUACCAGCAUUGCAUUAUAGAUUUAGUCUUGUAUUUCUUAUAAAUAGAAGUCCCUUGUGGAUGUUCAGAAAGGACAGGAUAUGAAUACCUGGAAGGGGAAAAAACAAACAGUGAGAUUAAUCCUUCUCCAGAGUUUACAUCUAUGCUGGUAAAUAAAGAGCUCUAAGAUCUGUUCUCUAACCAUGAGGUCAGCUGCCUC